GUUCAUACUGUCGGCUUCCUUGAAAGCCAGCAAUGCUAAGGCGGGGUUUAGGGCACUGACGGAGAUUGGCACCUGUCAUGACUGAAGCGGACCAAUGGACGAGGGGCGGAAGGGGCGCGUUGCUGGGAACAAUACUCGCGCCUUUUGGAGGAGGAGCAGCGCGGAUUGGUGAUCGAGGGGAGUUGAGUGGCCGAUCGGUGGCAAACCGCUGGUCCGUCAGCGGGUGAUCGGUGGUAACCCGUCGGUCCGUUAGCGAGUGAUCGGUAGUGACCCGCCGGUCCGUCAGCGGCCUUGUUCACCAGGUCAUUGCCAGUCCUAAAGUGGAUGCAGCUUGAUGUUCACUGGAUACAGUGGAUGGAGCAUUUAAAAAAAAAGAUACUUCAAAUAAUUCACCUUGGGAAUCUUUCAAGAAUCUGCCAAUGCCAUUGAGAAGAACAAGUAGUGGUAUUUUCUUUUUGAAGAGCAGCAUUGCUAAUUUUCUGAAAUGGUACAUAGUAGUUUAAGAGACUUUUGAUUAAGCAAGCAACUGUUGGCAAGUACUUCAUUGGGAGAAUCCAUUUUCACUUGAAAAACAUCUAUAAUUUUUGAAUUUUAUCACCUGGUGUCUACAUAAAGAGCAAAACGUCUUGCAUGUUUUGCAUUAAUAACAAUAAAGAAAAUGAGUGCAGAUGGAUAUCAAUACAGAGCUUUGUAUGAAUACAAAAAAGAACGAGAAGAAGACAUUGAUUUGCAUACUGGUGAUGUACUGAUUGUCACUAAAAGUACUCUGUUAGCCCUGGGUUUCAGCGAGGGAGAUGAGACGAGACCGGAGGAGAUUGGCUGGCUCACGGGUGUAAAUGAAAACACACAAGAAAGGGGAGAUUUUCCAGGAACCUACGUAGAGUUUUAUGGUCGCAGGAAAAUUUCUCCACCAACACCCAAGCCUCGUCCUCCCAGGCCAUUGCCUGUGGCUCCAAAUCCAUCAAGACCUGAAGAUGCUGACCAGCAAGGUCCUGUUCUACCAGAUUUAACAGAGCAGUUCUCGCCUCCGAGUCUUGCUCCAGCAAUCCUUGUGAAGUUAAUAGAGGCUAUUGAAAGAACGGGUCUUGAGAGUGCCAACUUAUACCGGACUUCUGGUUCAUGUGGUGGUGCUGAAUUAAAGCAGUUGUUGGAUUAUGAUGCAGCUUCAGUGGAUGUUGAACAGUUUGAUCUGCAGUCACUAACUGAGGCAUUAAGGCAAUAUCUUCAGGAACUACCAAAUCCUGUCAUUCCUACAUCCAUCUACAGUGAUAUGGUUUAUAUAGCUCAAGAGGUACUCAAUACAGAGGAGUGUGCACAGUUGCUGAGGAGAGCUAUCCGGUCCCAUAAUGUGCCUCAGCAGUAUUGGCUUACUCUUCAUUAUUUGAUCAAGCAUUUCUGCAAACUUUGUCAAAGCUCUGGGAAGAACAACCUGAGUGCAAGAACCUUGGCGGAACUUUUCAGCCCUUUGCUUUUCAGACAACAGGCAGCAAGUUCGGAUACAAAUCCUGAAUAUCUCACAAAAAUUAUAGAAGUACUUAUAGCCAGUGAAUGCCACGAAACCCAGACUGCACAAGCACCAGCACCGGCUUUGCCUCCGAAGCCACCAAAAUCCACACCGGUAACUAAUAACGGGAUAAGUAGUAACAUGUCUCUACAAGAUGCUGAAUGGUACUGGGGAGACAUUUCGAGAGAGGAGGUCAAUGAAAAGCUGCGCGAUACUGCUGACGGUACCUUCUUAGUCCGUGAUGCAUCUACGAAAAUGCAUGGGGACUACACUCUUACCUUGAGGAAAGGGGGCAACAAUAAAUUAAUCAAAAUUUUUCAUCGAGAUGGCAAAUAUGGCUUCUCUGACCCAUUGACUUUCAAUUCUGUAGUGGAGCUUAUAAAUCACUAUCGUCAUGAAUCGUUGGCACAAUACAACCCAAAAUUAGAUGUUAAACUGUUGUACCCUGUGUCCAAAUUCCAACAGGAUCAGGUGGUAAAAGAGGAUAACAUUGAAGCAGUGGGCAAGAAACUGCAUGAGUAUCACACUCAGUACCAAGAGAAAAGCAGGGAAUACGACAGGCUCUACGAAGAAUGUACAAGAACAUCUCAAGAAAUUCAAAUGAAAAGGACGGCUAUUGAAGCAUUUAAUGAAACAAUCAAAAUAUUUGAGGAACAGUGUCAAACACAGGAAAGGUACAGCAAGGAGUAUAUUGAAAAAUUCAGGCGAGAAGGAAAUGAAAAAGAGAUUCAGAGGAUUAUGGUAAACUAUGAAAAGCUGAAAUCUCGCAUCAGUGAAAUUGUUGACAGCAAACGGAGAUUAGAAGAAGAUUUGAAGAAACAAGCUGCUGAUUACAGGGAAAUUGACAAAAGGAUGAAUAGCAUCAAACCUGACCUAAUUCAGCUAAGAAAAACUAGAGACCAGUACCUAACGUGGUUGACGCAAAAGGGAGUUCGACAAAAGAAGAUUAAUGAGUGGCUUGGCAUUAAGAAUGAGAAUGCUGAAGAUCAAUACUCUAUGGUGGAGGAUGAUGAAGAUCUACCUCAUCACGAUGAACGAACUUGGAAUGUAGGGAGUAUUAACAGGACUCGAGCAGAGAGCCUUCUAAGAGGAAAACGGGAUGGAACAUUCUUGGUCCGAGAAAGUAGCAAGCCUGGCUGUUACGCAUGCUCAGUCGUGGUGGACGGUGAUGUGAAACACUGUGUCAUAAAUAAAACUCCCACAGGAUAUGGAUUUGCAGAGCCAUACAACUUGUACAGCUCACUUAGGGAACUGGUGCUACAUUAUCAGCAUACAUCACUUGUACAGCACAAUGACUCCCUUAAUGUUACACUAGCCUAUCCAGUAUAUGGUAAUCAGAGAAGAUGAAAGCGAAAGGCUUGGCUUUUGACUGCUGGACUUAGUCAUUGAAAUGGCUCCUCCUACUUUGCUCUGAUUCAGUUUGAUUCCCGUUCAGGAAACGGUGUGCAAAGUUAACUUGAGCUUUCCAGAGACGCGAGAGAAGCAACAAUGUUAGAGCUCUGAAUAUAAAUUCCUGAAGUGCUUUUUUUAAGAAAGCACAUAUUAAUUGAGGACUGCUGAGCUAUCUCCUUUUUGGGGAUGUUGGGGCCUAUUUUAUUGGUGCUUGUUUACAUUCUUCAAAAGGAUUUACCAGUUGGAAUGUUGGAUACUGCAAAUCCAUGGAGAAAAAAAACUGAAGCAAGAACAUCAAUGUUUAUAAAAACCCAGUGACCUGUUUCUCUUUGAUCCAGAUCAAGAAAAAAUGUCAAAAUGGAAUAACUGAGAAACAGAAGCGAACUUCAUAUGUAGCAAGCUGGCACUUUGAAAAUUUGUACCAGGUUUAUGAUGAUAGGGGGAAUGUUCUGUUUGAAGUGGGGGUGCGCACAUGAAUGGGGCACUCUCAGAAAGUGCCAGAUUUCUAGAGUUGAGGCUAUGUAAGCCUGUUUUAUAAACUGUUUAAAAUCUGAAGGAAAAGACUUCUACAAAAGUGGCACACAGUAUAUUAAAUCACUGUAUAUAAUGUAUAUGGAUCAUCCCACUCUGGGAUAGUUGGAUCAAGUAAAAAAUGCUAUCAUCCUAAUCAUAGCAGAUUUUACAUUGUUUCUCCUAUUUUAAAGCUAUUUUUUUUCAGAUAUUGCUAUGCAAGCCUGCAUAUUGCAUAUCAUAUUUUCAAAAGAGUACCCACAAUAUAAGCUUUUGUUUUGUUGCCUAAAAGUGUUGUCAGUUUUUGCAAUGUUCUGUUGGGUGUUUCCAAAACACAAAGGGUGCCUGUGAAUAGAGCUUUGAAAAUUAGAGGUGAGGAAGUGGGGGAGAAACUGAUGCAUUCUAAAUCACUGGUUAAUUCUGUCUGAAUAGCAAUUUGACUAUUUAAGACACAAAUUUAGAAGACAAAAGAUUUCAAACAUAUUUCAAAAAUUUAUUAUAUAGCAGUGGUUUAUAGCUGGUUUAACCAUGUUUUAACCACGUUGUUUUCUCCUAACAAGCAACCAUAUUUCAUCUAUCUAGAAAACACUAAAUAACUUUCCUUUUCAAAAGGAAAACAUCAAAGUCCCAAGUCUAAUGUUAACAAUAGUUUCUUACUCCAGUCUGAAAACUGGAAGUCCUAGAGUUCCUCAGUUUUCCGUCCCUUCUACAAUCGUCAGGCUUUUAAUAUCCAAGUUUGAUAUACUCGAAUUGUUUAAUGAUUUGCUUCUUCUUUAUUUUCAUUUUUGCCAUGGUCCUGCACUUAUGGGCCUGGGCCCUUUAACUUAUUACCUCAGUUGUAUUUAAAACAAAGUUAGCCAUUUAAUGGGCAUAAUUAUAACCCUGUACCUGAACUUUUAGUGGUCGUGUUAGUGGAAAACAACAUGUUUGAUACCAAGAUCCUUUAUUUUGCUCAGUGCAUUGCUGUAAUUCAGUUUAUUGUUUCACACAACACAAAAGCAGAAGUGUUCUGGAACUUCAGCAUAAUGGUUCACAGUUUGAGGCUCUUGGAAAAAUGCGGUACCAUUGUGGUGUGUUAACUUUUCAGCUGUAUAGUGUGAUCCUUCGGCAUUAGGUAGUAGAGUGCCAACCUUCUGAACUAAAUUGUCAGUACCACAGUUCUUCUAUUUUCUUGUAGGUUUUUAUUCUCAUCUGAAGUUUUUUUUUCAUGUUUCAACCCCAAAUUUUAAAGCCCACUUUGGAUCAUCCAGCUACAGGGUCAUUGUAACCUUACUAUUGGCCACUGAUGGAAACUUUGGAACCUGGUAACUAUUUUUGUGGUAGAAAUUAAGGGAAAUCAGUGGCAAGGGAAGGGUGGGAGAAAAAUUGAAACACAUUUCUUAAAGUCGAACUUUGUCUAAACUAAAAUAGUGAUCUAUUGUACAAGUUUAUAAAUUUAGAUGAAUUCUGCACAUUACAUAGCCAAGUAUCCAUGACUAUGCAACUUGAGUCGUCACAGAGAACAAAGUUCAAACCUGCCAAAAGACAAUCGUAAAAUAAAUAAAAUUAAUGUUAAUUUAAUUCUACAGAUAAGCCAGUUUUGGUCUUCUAACUUUUUUUUAAACAAAAGAUAACUUGUUGGUAAAUGAAAACUAGGAAGGGCUUGCUUUCCAUUUAUGCACAUUUUAUAAUCCAAUUUGCAAGUCAUUUUGUUCAUUGUCAGCUUGCGAGGAGAAAUGGCAUUGUUUACUUUUCCUAAUGUGUAAUGAAGAUAUCCUAAGAUAUUAGACUAUAAUGAUGUACUAGGCUUUAGUAUUAUUCACAUUAUUACCCUUCUGUGUGCACCACUGCACUUUUUGAAUAUUUUCCAACUUCAGAAUACUUAAGCAUUUGGUAGUGUGAAACAAUAUAGACACAUGUCUGCAACAAAAUAAUUAUGGUUCCAUGAGCAUGCUUUAAGCUCUUCCAAAGGUACCAUGCGUGAUGAGCUUUACAAAUUUAACUCAACUGUUAAAUGUUUGGGUGUUGAACUGGGUAUGCGCACAGAAUUUUCUUUCUGUAUUGAAAUUCAUUUGUUUCUGUGUCUCUACAGUGUAUGUUCUCUGUAUUUUGCUGUAGCUGUGUUUUUUGAAGAAGCUUUGCUCCUUUUAAAUAUGUGUAAUGCUUCUUUGUUUUAAUGGUACUACUGCUGACAAGCUUUUUUAAAAAGAAUUGCAUUGUGUGCCAUUUUGUUCAGUGUUGCAUUUCUGUGAAACUUCCUUCAUUGUGGAAUUUUGUGUUUUCACAUGGUGAUGCAUAUCUUAACAAAACUGAUCUGAAAGGAUAUUAAUCUUGUAAUUAUUCAUGAGCCAUUUUAUUUCUUGAAGUAAUAAAUGUAGUUGCAGAAUUUGUCCUGACGUUGGGCGUUUUAAAAAAAAAAUAAGUCCAUCAUCCCAUCCCAAAUCUAUUCUACAUUCCGUUGAGUGAUCACUUUGAGUAAAUUCAAAGUGGGGAAAGGGUGUUCAGGCUGAAUCAUUCAGCUGAUCUUGAGGCAUUAGUUUUAUUUUUCAAUUUUUUUUCAUUUUGACCAGCUAUUUUCCAAAAGAGAUCAGAUACAGCUGUACUUCUGCUAUGCCUUAUGGCAGGUUCAUCACCAUGAGACUGCAGUUGAUGCCCAAUGUGCUGCUAUACCUUACAGUCUUUUUUUUAAGAAAACUUAAACUCCAUUAGUUGAAAUAAUGUUUGUACAUUAGUUAAGAUUGCUUUGUUUUAAAAAGCCUAUUCUUUUUUUUAAAAAAAGUACAGAAGUUAGCAGGAUAGGUUGUUUCGUCUGAAAAGACAAUACUAUCACUGUAAAGUAAAAACUCUUAAAGCUAUGCUUAUUCUAGGUUUAAUAGUUUUCAUUUUUAAUUUGCUAUAAUUCAUGUAUAUGGCUAUCAUAAGGAAUAAAGUUUUGUUUGGAAUAAAGACUUUGUGUGGAGCUGAGGAAGGUAUAUAUAAAAACAUAGUGUAGAAUUCCAUGGCCUGAUACUGCUGGUUUUCAUGUAAUUACAAAAUGCAAUUCUUAGAGAUUUUUGUUACGAGGAGCUGUUUUAAAUAGCCAUGAAGACAGGAAGUAUGUAGUUGCCAUGGAUAGUGACAUAGAGAAUGUGUUAAAUGCAAAAAAUCCUUACUAAGUGCACACCUAUGAAUUUGUUAAUGGCAUUAGAGCUAAAAAUACCCUUUAAGAAGGCCCUAUUGUUCAGGGACUACAUAACCAUGAAAUUACCAUUUCUUUCAGUAUGGGUCAUAUUUGGAUUAUGCCUGACAGGUGCCUUUCCAAGCAUUGCUUAAAACUACACAAUUUAUUUUAAUAAAAGUACUAUUUGUAACCAUUUAACCAAUGUUACAAGAAAUGGAUUUAAAAUGUGCACUUAAGCAAGUGGGAAGUUUAUACAACUUAAGACAUGGUUAAAAACCAAACUAAUGUUACUUGUGAAUGAAAAAAAUUUCUUCAACCUGCUCAAUGAUUUUUACAACAAUGAUAUAUCUUCACAAAAGUCUACCUUUAGCUGAUUUUGCAUAUUUACAAAAUGU